AUGACCCUCCCUCACACGACCGUCCCUCACAUGACCCCCGCGUGUCUCGCACGUGUCAGAGCCAUGACAGCAGGGCGCACCACACGCUGUGUGUCGUGCCGGGCUGGGAGGAACCAGAUCUGCGCGCCCUGCCUCUUUUCCAGGUACCGGGAGAGCAUUUUGGACGCACUGGCUGAUGCCACGUGGCAGUGCCUGGUUUGCCGAGGCAUGUGCAGUUGCAGCUUGUGCAGGGCAAAGGAGGGGUAG